AUGUUACUGUGGCAUCUGCCAAAGAAAACGGUGCUACCAGCAAUCGCGUCUCGGCAGCCGAGGCUGUCGCUGUCCUUAUCUCAGUCGGUCAGAUUCAAACGCUACGAGGCGUAUGAUGCUCAACUAGAUCAGGACGCCUUGGCCGAGGCACGAGUGUGGUACAAUUCAUUUGACGCCUCUCAGUUGCCCAAGGGCAAUACCACAUAUGCCAGGUCUAGUGGGCCUGGAGGGCAGCACGUUAAUAAAACUGAAACCAAGGCAGUCACGGUAUAUCCCGUGAAAGAUCUGCUCGCUGUUCUCCCCAAAUAUCUUCAUUCCGCAGUGCGGUCUUCCAAGUACUACACUGCCGGCAAUGACUCUCUCACAUUUUCGGCGCAAACUCAUCGGUCCAAAUCUGCCAACCUUGAUGAGAACAAACGCAAGCUCAUAGACGAGGUCAUGGGCAUCUAUCGCGAAUUGACACCUGCCGAGACAAGUUCUGAGAAGAAAAAAAAGCACCAGGAAAUUGAAAAGCGAUUUCACGAGACACGAGUGCAGGACAAAAAAUUCAACAGCGCCAAAAAGCAGUCACGAAGGGGGCCUUCGGAAUAG